AUGAGUCCCCCACAAUUACACAAGUGGAGCCAUGACUUUUGCAUAUUAUCAACAGUAAUCUUCCCUAAAAAGAAGCUUUUGUUUGCUGGGACACAAGACUCAAAAAUUCUUUGCAUAGACUUGAGUACUUAUAAUCUUAUCCACACGAUAUAUUUGGGUGUCUCAGAAGAAACCAACACAAGAUCUAGUGUUUUAUGUUUGACCAAAUCGGUGGAUGAAGAAUAUUUAUUCAGCGGUGGGGCAGACUCUCUGGUUAGAGUAUGGUCUGUUAGAGGAGGCCCUGAAGAUUACAGACUUAGCGUGAAAGAAAUGAUUACAAUAUACUCGCUGAUGGACAUUGGUGAUAUAUUUUCUCUCACUUAUAUUGAUGAAUUGGACCUAGUCGUAUUUGGCUCUCAAAACGCAUCUUUACUCUAUGUUGCUAAUGUAUCGAAACACAAACACGCACAAGAAGACUAUGCAAUGUUGCCACAUCUACGAUUUGAUAAGUUUUUUGACUCUAAAGGACCACAACAGCAGCUAAUAAUGUCUGACAAAUCCAGCGAAUCAUUGAAUACAAUGAAAAGCCGAACAUUAUCCAUGUCAAAUGGCGAAGAUGAAUCACAAGGGCAAAUACUACAAGUUCCUUCUUCAAACAUACUGCCAUUUGCUCAUAAUGGUUUUAUAUACUCCAUUGUGAAGCUUGAAUCACGCAGGGACACUUUGCCUGUUUAUUUAAAUGUUAAGGAGAAGACGCAAUAUAUUAUUUCCGGGGGUGGAGAUGGAAUCUCUAAGGUGUGGUCAUUGCAAACAGAUUCCAACUCUGAAACAGACCAUUCUGCGUCAUUGUACCUAAUUUCAGAAUUGGAUAACGAGGAACCAGUUCUUUCCCAAUAUAUCGAGUUUCCUUUCCUAUAUGUUGGGCUUACUGAUGGUAUCGUAAAAAUAUGGGACUUGAACACAAACCAACUAGUUAGUACCCUACAGAGCGACGAUUAUAGUGACAUUUCCUCUUUAGCAGUGUGUCGUGAUCACAUAUUUGCUUCCCAAAAGCACGGUAUUACAAAGUUCUUUCAGGAUGAUAUAUAUCAUUGGCGUGGGCACCAAGGCAGCAUUUUGAGCUCCCAGAUUCUUUGUAAAGGAUGUACUAAGAACCCCUAUACCAGACUAAUUACAGGAGGUAAUGAUGGAUCGUUAGUUCUAUGGAAUAUUACUGACUUAGUAAAUAGCAGUCAAGAGAGCAUCCAUAGCCAUGAAAAUUGGGAAACAGACCGUCGUAAUUCAUGGUCAGCAACAACAUUCUUGGAUAAUGAUCAUAUGCUCCAUAGCCUAUCAUCACUUGUUCAAUUUCAAACUGUUUCAAGAAAGGCAGACACAAGACAGCUACUAGAAGGGCGUCGUUGUGCUACGUUUUUCCAACAAUUGCUGUUCAAAUUAGGUGCGAAACAUUGUGAUUUACUCCCAGUGAAGAAUGGCGGAAAUCCAAUCAUAUAUUCAGUAUUCUCAGGAAACUCGAAAUCUACGGUCGAAAGGAAAAGAAUAGUAUGGUAUGGUCAUUAUGAUGUUGUUGCUGCUGAUAUGGAGGACUGGAAAACAGAUCCCUUUAAACUAACGUGUGAAGAUGGUUUCCUCAAAGGAAGAGGUGUAUCUGAUAACAAGGCUCCUCUAUUAGCUGCCAUGUACGCAGUGGCACAGCUUGUACAUAAUGGAGAGCUCGACCACGACAUAGUCUUUAUAAUUGAGGGACAAGAAGAAAAUGGGUCAGCUGGCUUCAAGGAAGCUCUUGAAGAAAACAGGCAUAGGUUCAACGAAAAAAUAGACUGGGUUAUUUUAAGUAAUUCAUACUGGCUUGAUGAAAAUAUUCCAUGCCUCAAUUACGGUCUAAGAGGAAUGGUUAAUCUGAAAGUUAGCGUCACAAGUGACGAACCUAAUAGGCAUUCUGGUUUCGAUGGUGGUGUUCAUCGCGAGCCAACUGCCGAUCUAAUCAAUAUCAUUUCAAAACUUCAAAAAGAUGACGGAAGUAUAUUAAUACCAGGUUAUUAUGAUAACAUCAAAUCACUUUCGGAUAAAGAACUUUCGCAAUUGAAUGAGAUUGUAGAGAGAGCACAUUUGCAUGAAUCUGUAACGGUAGAGAGUUUAAUUGCUAAAUGGACUAGACCAUCUUUAUCAGUUACCACUAUGACUGUUAGCGGACCAGGAGAACCAACGGUAAUUCCACAAUCAGCCUCAGUUGAUAUAUCUAUUCGUCUGGUACCUGGGCAAGACGUGGAUAAAAUUAAAGAAUCUUUACAAAACUAUCUACACUCGUGCUUUUCCAAGUUGAAAACCAAAAACCACCUUUCAAUAAAAAUAUUGAAUGAAGCGGAAGCAUGGCUGGGGGAUCCAUCUAAUACUGCUUACCAGGUUAUUAGAGAGGAGGUCGCAAAAGAAUGGGGUGUCGAACCUUUAAUGGUGAGGGAAGGUGGUUCCAUUCCAAGCGUGAGGUACCUAGAGAAAACCCUAGAAGCCCCAGUAAUUCAAAUACCUUGCGGUCAAUCCAGUGACAAAGCACAUCUACCUAAUGAGCAGUUGAGAAUGAAAAACUGGUACAGAUUGAGAAGCAUUCUUGUAAGAACUUUCAAUCGACUUUAA